AUCAGGCCACGCUUGGGGAAGCCAUCAACAACGAAGGCUGCGCCCGACGCGCGCGUGCGUCUUCGGCUGAGAGCACACAGGCGGCUGCUCUCCAUAAUCACACGGGAAACAUCUGAUUCAUUGCGAAAGACGAAAGGGAGACAGAAGACUGAAAAGGCGCUCGCCCGGCCUGACCGACUCGACCAAGCAGCGGCGGGAAUAAAUACCAGCUGAAAUACCAGCUGGUUAGGGGCGCUAGAAGUGAAUACGAAAGCGGCAUUCGAACCGACGGCUACGACCAAACAACAUAUACCAGAUACCACACACAUACAUACAUACGAUACAUACGCACGCACAAGCACACAUCUGGGCCCGAAAUGAAGAUAAUACUCGCCGUCAAUGCGGGGUCAUCCUCGGUCAAGGUUUCGGUGUACGAGAUCGCGGAUGGCCACGCGGAGCCGAUGCGAGUGGCCGAGGCGCAGAUCAACGGGCUGACGGCGCCGCCGCCCAAGAUCAGCUACAAGAGGAGAGGCGACGACGGGGGAGACGUGACGGUGCGCAAGGACGACAGCCUCGGCGACGGCAAGAUGGGCUCGCAGGCGGCCGCGUUCGAGCGGAUCCUGCGCGAGCUGUUCGAGGACGAGGGGCUGCCGCAGCUGGCCGGCAAGGGCGACAUCGCCGUGGUGGCGCACCGCAUCGUGCACGGUGGCGACGCCGAGCGGCCCGAACACAUCACCAUGGAGACGUUGCACAAGCUCGAGAAGCUCUCGGAUCUGGCGCCGCUGCACAACGGGCCGUCGCUCGCCAUCGUGCGCGCCUGCAUGUCGUCGUCGUCGCCGGGUGACACCAGCGGCGGCGGCGACGAACCCCCCUCGUCGCCGCUCGCGCCGGGCGUCGUCAACGUGGCGUGCUUCGACACCGUCUUCCACGCCUCGAUCCCGCGCCACAUACGCACCUACCCCAUCGACCAGGCCGUGGCGCGCGCCAACGGGCUGCGCAAGUACGGCUUCCACGGCCUGAGCUACGCCUACGUCACCCGUGCCGUCUCGGCCUUUCUGGGCCGGGAACCCUCCGGGGUGGGGCUGAUCGCGCUGCACCUCGGGUCGGGGGCCAGCGCGUGCGCCAUCCGCGGCGGCAGGAGCCACGACACCAGCAUGGGCCUAACCCCGCUGGCGGGCCUGCCCGGCGCCACGCGCAGCGGCAGCGUCGACCCCAGCCUCGUGUUCCACUACGCCAGCGACGUCGGCCGGCUGUCGCCAAACUCGACGAAGGAGCUGCACAUCUCGCGCGCCGAGGAGAUCCUCAACAAGGAGGCCGGCUGGAAGGCCCUGACGGGCACGACCGACUUUGGCGCCAUUGCGGCCGCCAAGGAGAACCAGGGUGGUGCUGGCGAUGGCGGUGACGACGACGGCGACGGCGACGACGACGAAAAAGUGGACGCGCGCCGGCUGGCCUUCGACCUCAUGGUGGACCGCAUCUGCGGCUUCGUCGGGUCGUACUACGUCUCGCUGGGCGGGCGGGUCGACGCGCUCGUGUUCGCGGGCGGCAUCGGCGAGCGGAGCGCGCCGCUGCGCCGCGCCGUCGUCGACCAGUGCCGCUGCCUCGGCUUCGAGCUGGACGAGGCCAGGAACGCGGCCCCGGCCCUCGACGGCGCCGGCGGCGCGUCGUCGUCGGUGGCCGACGUUGGAAAGGACGGCGCCAGGCACCGGGUCCUGGUCUGCCAGACGGACGAGCAGUUCGAGAUGGCCAGGUGGUGCGCCGAGGAUGACACUCUGUGGGUGUAGCAGUAGGUAGGGGGGGUCUUUUUCUUUAUCUCUUUUUUUUUUUUUUUUGCUCCUUGUCGCUAUACCACCCAAGACUAGACGAAGAUGAAUGUUUUGAAAGUAGCAUGAGUUUUAUGCCGAAUAACAGUAUAGGGAGCUCUCCAGCCUACCAAGAACGGC